CUUCCUGCGGGGCGCUGGGAAGGCGCGCGCGGGCUGGGGUCCCCGGCGGCCGCGCCUGCAGCUGGCCGCCGCCCGCGCCGCCAGGGGGCUGGGCAGUGGGCGGGAGCGCCGGCGGCCUCAGCCACUGCCGCGAGCGACUUUCAAACUCGCGCCCGCACCUGGGCAGCCUCUCGCGCCGAGCGCGCCGGACCCAGCGGGGCGGCGACCGUGCGAAUCUCCCCGGAGUGCCCUCGCCAGGCAGCGAUGCCAGCAUGCCUGUGUCUGCUUCCCUCCGCCAAGACGGCAGCCAGGGGCGGCCGGUGAGCCUCACCUCCACCACAUCCUCGUCGGGUUCGUCCCGUGACAGCCGCGGUGCCAUGGAGGAGCCCAGCGUCUCUGAGGCCUCGGCUGAGAACGGGGCAGGCUCCCCCCGUGGCCGGCACCCCCCCAACGGCAACCCCAACUCCAGCGGCUGGCAGAGCGUGAGGGGGCCCCUGUCCCCGUUUGGCAGCCGGGCCGCAGCAGCCCCGGCGCACAAGCUCAGCUACCUGGGCCGAGUGGUGCGGGAAAUCGUGGAGACGGAGCGGAUGUACGUGCAGGACCUGCGCAGCAUCGUGGAGGACUACCUCUUGAAGAUCAUUGACACGCCUGGGCUGCUGCAGCCAGAACAAGUCAGCGCCCUCUUUGGGAACAUAGAAAACAUCUAUGCACUGAACAGCCAGCUACUCCGAGACCUGGAUGGCUGCAAUAGCGACCCCGUGGCUGUGGCCAGCUGCUUUGUGGAAAGGAGCCAGGAGUUUGAUAUCUACACCCAGUAUUGCAACAACUACCCCAACUCAGUGGCCACCCUGACCGAGUGCAUGCGGGACAAACAACAGGCCAAGUUCUUUCGGGACCGGCAGGAGCUGCUACAGCACUCUCUGCCCCUGGGCUCCUACCUCCUGAAGCCCGUCCAGCGCAUCCUCAAGUACCACCUGCUGCUCCAGGAAAUUGCCAAACAUUUUGAUGAAGAAGAAGACGGCUUUGAGGUGGUGGAGGAUGCCAUUGACACCAUGACCUGCGUGGCCUGGUACAUCAAUGACAUGAAGAGGAGGCAUGAGCAUGCAGUCCGGCUCCAGGAGAUUCAGUCGUUGCUCAUCAAUUGGAAGGGACCAGACCUGACUGUCUAUGGGGAGCUCGUCCUGGAGGGCACGUUCCGCGUGCACCGUGUGCGCAAUGAGAGGACCUUCUUCCUCUUUGACAAAGCACUGCUCAUCACCAAGAAGCGAGGAGAUCACUUUGUUUACAAGAGUCACAUCCCGUGCUCUUCCCUGAUGCUGAUUGAAAGCACCAGAGACUCCCUGUGCUUCACCGUCACCCACUACAAGCACAGCAAGCAGCAGUACAACAUCCAGGCCAAGACAGUGGAGGAGAAACGGAGCUGGACGCACCACAUCAAGAGGCUCAUCCUGGAGAACCACCACACCACUAUCCCCCAGAAGGCCAAGGAGGCCAUCUUGGAAAUGGACUCCUACUACCCCAGCCGGUACCGCUGCAGCCCAGAGCGCCUGAAGAAGGCUUGGUCCUCCCAGGACGAAGUGUCCACGCAUGUGCGUCAGGGGCGCCGGCAGUCUGAGCCUGGGCAGCCCCUGUUCGGCCGGGCAACACUCCCCAGCAGGCAGCGAGGCUUCAUGGAGCCAGGCCUUAAGGGCCGUAGGAAGUCGGAGCCCACCAGACACCAGCUUAGGCAACUCAGUGAGAAAGCAGGCAGAACAGCGGGAAUGAAGCAUGCAGGCAGUGCCGGCGUUCUCCUGGACUUUGGGCGGCCUCCUCGUGCUCAGGGCGUGCAGCCAGAGGCUGAAGGGGCUGCCCGGGCGGAGCAGGAGGAGGAAGAGGAGGAGGAGGAGGUGGAGGAGGAGGAGGAGGAGGAGGAGGAGGAGGAGGAGGAGCAGGAGCAGGCCUUUCAGGUGUCUCUGGAAGACUUGGCAGGGCAUGAAGGCAGCGAGAAGGGGGCCGGGCUGGAGCCCCAAGGCUCGGAGGAGGAGGAGGAGGAGGAGGAGGAGGAGGAGAGCCUGGCAGUGGCGGAGCAGGAGAAGGGGCGUAGGGAGUCCGAAGGCCCCAAGAGCCGUAGAAGGCCCAGCAGCCGGUCUCCGACUAGUGCUGAGAAGCGCAUGAGCUUUGAGUCCACCUCUUCGCUGCCAGAGGUUGAGCCGGAUCCUGAGCCUGAGACAGACCAGGAAGUAUUUGCUGCUGUGGAAGUUCCCAGCAUCGAGGAGGUGCCCUCAGACACGGAGUCUCCAGAGGUCCUGGAAACACAGCUUGAUGCCCACCAGGAGCUGCUGGGGCUGGACCCCCCGGGGGACAUGGUGGACUUUGCGGUGGCCGAGAGCACCGAGGACCUUAAGGCUCUGAGCAGUGAGGAGGAGGAGGACAUGGGUGCCACACAGGAGCCCGAGAGCCUCCUGCCGCCAUCCGUGCUGGACCAGGCCAGCGUCAUUGCUGAGCGGUUCGUCAGCACCUUCUCUCGGCGGAGCAGCCUGGCGCUGGAGGACGGCAAGGCCAGCGGCUUCGGGAGCCCGAGGCUGACAAGCCGGAGCAGCAGUGUGCUCAGCCUAGACGGCAGUGAGAAGGGCUCAGCCCGGCAUGGCAGCACCACCGACGUGCUUGGCUCGCAGCUGCCCCCAGAUGUGGACAGCACUGUGGGGGCGGCCAUGGAGAACGGCCCUUCGGUCAACGGGACGGAGCCCCCAAGCCCAGGCUGCCCGGCAGAACCCGACAGGUCUUCCUGUAAGAAGAAGGAGUCGGCACUCUCCACCCGAGACCGGCUGUUGCUGGACAAGAUCAAGAGCUACUACGAGAACGCAGAGCACCAUGAUGCGGGCUUCAGCAUCCGGCGCCGAGAGAGCCUCUCCUACAUCCCCAAGGGGCUGGUAAGAAACUCCGUUUCCAGGUUCAACAGCCUCCCCAGGCCGGACCCGGAGCCGCUGGCUCCACUGGGGCACAAGAGGCAGGUGGGCUCCCGGCCGGCCUCGUGGGCCAUGUUCGACCUCCCAGGCCCCGACCCGGCCAGUGCUGGGGAGCCAGCUCCUAUCACGGACACUGAGUUCCGGCCGUCUUCAGACAUUGUGAAGAUCUGGGAGGGAAUGGAGUCUGCCGGGGAGAGCUCUCAGAAGGGGCCCAGCCAAGGCCAGGCCAAUGGUUUUGACCUGCAUGAACCGCUCUUUAUCCUGGAGGAGCACGAGCUGGGGGCCAUCACCGAGGAGUCGGCCACUGCCUCCCCCGAGAGCGCCUCCCCCACAGAGCGGCCCAGCCCGGCCCACCUGGCCCGGGAGCUGAAGGAGCUCGUGAAGGAGCUGAGCGGCGACGUCCAGGGGGAGCUGGUGGCUCCACUGCACCCCCGCAUCGUCCAGCUCUCCCACGUGAUGGAUGGCCACGUGAGCGAGCGAGUCAAGAACAAGGUGUACCAGCUGGCCCGCCAGUACAGCCUGAGGAUCAAGAGCAAAUCUGUGCCGGCCAGGCCAUCGCUACCGUGGGGAAAGUCGGCUCCCCCCAUUCCCUGCCUGCAGGAGGAGGCUGGAGCACCCUCGGGCGGCAGAGGUAAGAGAAAGCCGGAGCUGUCCCUCCUCAACAGUGAGCAGCCGGUGGACCCGGAGCACAGCCCGCCCAAGCCCUGCUCUCCUCGGCAUUUCUCCUUCAGCCCCACUGCUUCUAGCCCGAGGACCACAUCGCCUGGGGUCCGGCCCUCCUCUCGAAGCCCCCUUAGCCCCCUCGACGCUGAGACGUUCAACUGGCCUGAUGUCCGAGAGCUCUGCUCCAAGUACACCUCCCACGAUGAGGCAUUCCAGGCCGAGGGCAGCCGGCCCCGUGGCCAGCCUGUCAACCGGAGCCGCUCGGUGCCAGAGAACAUGGUGGAGCCCCCUCUGGCCGCCAGGGUGGGCCGCUGCUGUAGCGUGGGUGCCAAGAGGGGCCGGGCAGACCCAGAGGUCACCCAGCCCCAGCCCCCUGGGGGGUUGCCCCAAAGCAGGCCGGUCGGAGAGGAGGCCCUAUAUGUCUCUGCAGACCUUACCCUGGAGAACAACCGGCGGGUGAUCGUCAUGGAGAAGGGGCCCCUGCCCUGCCCCGCUGCGGGGCUGGAGGAGGGCAGCGGGCAGGGACCAAGCUCGCCAGCAGCCGCGGUGGGACGGGACCUGGAUUUCCUGGAGUCUGGGAUUUCCAGGAGUCCAGAGUGUUGGCCAAAAGAAGAGGGUCCCAGGGACCCAGUGGACCCAGGCCAGCAGGGCAGAGUGAGAAACCUGAGGGAGAAAUUCCAGGCCUUGAACUCCACAGGGUGACACUGAGUCCAAGGAGAGGGAGGAGCUGUGCGGCGCGGCAGGGAUGGGGAGGGACCUCUGCAGGCUUGCCUUCAGGCCUGGGCUCACGCUACUCACGAGGGCCCGUGGAAGAAUGCUCUGGUCUUCACCUGCUGGGAAUGCGCUGGCUCUCCCCUGGGCUCAGGGCAACUCUCCCCGGGGCCCAGGUGAGCCCCAUUCCGACCAAGGCCAGUACAACUACUUCCCUUGUAUAUAGUUCUUCUCUGGUGAGAAGCUGCAUAUUUAAGCUCUCCUCUUCCCAGGGAGAGCAAGCCGAGCUCAGGCCUCCGGGUAGGGCUGACCACUGCCAGGCUGAGGAGCCUACCCAGAGGAGACGUGGGAAGGUGGCCUGGGGAGGCUUUGCUCUUUAAUUGUGUCUUGUCUUAGGAUCCAGGCAGGAGCAAGGCCCAUAAUUUAUUGCUUUCCAUUCCAUGGUGUAUUUGUGUGCACACGUGUUCAUGUUCUUUCGUUGUUGAUUCCUCUGCGGUGAAGAAUGUAACGCGCUCACUUCAGGUACUUUUGCAGGUUGUCUCGCUGAUCCUGUGGUUGUCACUAAUGUAUAUAUGUUUCAUUAUUUGCCGAUGGUGCAAUAACCACUGCUGACCAACCGG